AUGGCACAAAUACUAACUGUAGAAUAUGAAACAACUAUUUUUAAAUUAAAAUCAGACGAUAUUGGUCCAAAUAAAGCUACAUUAUUACAUGCUCGAACUACAAAUAAUAAUAGUAAUUUAUAUAAAGCAAUUCUUUAUCUACAUGGAUAUAUUGAUUAUUAUUUUCAUGAUCAUGUUUGUAUACGUUUCUUAGAACAGGGUUAUGAUUUUUAUGCUCUUGAUAUGCGUAAAUGUGGUCGAUCGAUAAUUUCACCUGAACAUGAUCAAUAUAAACAUUAUUGUAAUGAUCUUCAUGAAUAUGAUGAAGAAAUUACACUUGCAAUUGAACAUAUAAUUAAAGAAUCAAAAACUAAAACUAGAAAAAUACUAUUUUUUGGACAUUCAACUGGAGGUCUUAUUGCUGCUCAAUAUGCAUGUUCUGGUUCAAGACAUGCUGAUAUUGAUGCUAUUAUUCUUAAUAGUCCAUAUUUGGCUACAAUAGAAUCAACUCCAAUUGAAUUAGGACUUAUGCGUGUUCUUAUGAAAGUACGUAAAUCUCAAGAUGUGGAUGGUGGUUGGUAUGGUAAAUCAUUAUAUGUAUCAGAGAGAGGCGAAUGGAAUUUUGAUUUGAAUAAAAAACCAAUAGAUAAAGUUCGACUACAUGGUGCAUUUUUUUCUGCUGUACAUAGAGUUCAAAAAGAUUUAAUGAAAAGACGAAUUACAAUCAAAUGUCCAGUUUUGUUUAUGUGUUCAAAUCGUUCAAUGAGAGCAGAUAAAACAUGGCGUGAUGAAUAUGAAGAAGGUAUAAGGCUUUUUAUUUCUUAG